AAUGUUCUGUACAAAAUUUAAAAUGUUUUGUUGGUAGAACCGUAAAGUUGAAACCGUCAUGAAACUUCAAAUUUGAAAAUAUUUACGGUUCGACCCUUUUUCAGUUAACGGCCGUUCAUUUUUGCUUACGUUCCUACCGGGCGCAGUAUGAUAUUUUGACUAUUAUGUAUUUUUAAUAUAUUAUCCACUUCUACUACUAUUAUUUUACGUUAGCCUGUACAUAUUUUAAUUCAUAAAUACGACAAAUUGCUUUUUGAAAAACUCAAUGGAAUUUAAAGCGUUAAACGAAAAGUCUGAAAAACAUAUGACCCCAAAGUCCCAAGUGAGUAUCUUAGCGAAAAGAGUGUCUUAUGGGGUAAGUUCUGAUAGUCCAUUUCGAACUUUACCGAAUGCUUCCACGCCUCCAUCGCGGUUCGCUAAAAUUAUCAACCCUUUUGAACAACACUUGAUCGAAAGGCUUCAUCUCCCAACUUUCAGUCCAACGGUUUUUGCCCAAAACUCCACCCCUAAGGCAGAUCAAAAGUUUAAAUGGACCAUAGAUGAUAUAUCGUCUCUUAAGCCAGCAGAUAUAGAUGAGACAACUGUCAGUCAGCACGUUUGCACCAUGGAUAAUCCAGAGGUGGAUUCUUUAGUGCAGAAAAAAAUUGAGACAUUUUUUAGUGAGAAGGAAAUAGUUCCUAGCCCUAUGCAUGUUAAGACCAAUCAUUAUGUUCCUUUAAUGAAAGACUGUUCCAGUUGGGAUAAGAGCCCCUCAUCUAAGGCCAGCACUCCUAAAACCCCUAAACCAAUGACUUGUGAAGGUUCUACACAGACUGUGUUAACUCUGCCCCCAGUGCUUCCAAAGGAACUGGAGGAGGCACUUAAACCUUACUUUAACUACCAUGAAGAAGAUCAAGAAUAUAAUGAAGAUCACAUGGAGAAUAAUUCAUUGUACAAACAGCUAUUUGAGUUUGAGCAAAAUACUCCAGAAAGAGACUCCAAGACUGACCCUUCUGACCAGGAUGUACAGAGUGUGAUAUCUUCACCUGCAUUGUCUACAAGCCUAUCUCCAAUUCAAUUUUCUCCCUUUGCAAGAGGUUUGGAGAGCCCCUUUGACAUGCCAGAGUUAAGAGAAUGCAAUCUAUCACCAAUAACUAAGACCCCUCCAAAAAGACUGUCUAGAUCUCGCCUUGAUUUCUCUUCCAAUGAAAAAAUGAGUGUUGAUGCCAGUUUAAUAGUGCCUGAUAUAGAAAAUCAGGCAAUGACCAGCAAAAGUUUUGUGGAUGAGGAACAAGGAUUUUCGCCACUACGGCAUAACAACACCACCAACCCGGACAUGACCGUCAAUUGGAGUAUGGAAUAUAAACAAGUAAGUUUGGCCUCGCCAUGCUCAAGCACCGAUUCCGAUAAAAUGGACGUAUCGAACUCCAACACCCCCCAUUCCAAACUGUUUAUAGGAAAGGGUCAACGAAAAAGACUGAGCGAUAGUUUUAAGUCCGCCGACUUGGAAGCGAACGAUAAUAAUACCCUUCAAUGUGAAGACGUCGGCAUCAAAAAUAGGUUUAAGCUUUUUAAAAACGAUUUGACUGACGCCGGAUAUCAGUCGCAAGAGACGGCUGAUUUUAGCAAUCAUUCUACGAACGUUUUCGCUUCCACUCCGAGCAAACGAAAUUUAGUGCAAAAUUGAUGUGGGAGUAUUUAAAAUAUUUUGGUUAGAGGCUGGAGAAUAUAUAUAUUUUCCAUAUUAAUCUUUUACAGAGGCUUUCAUUAGCGGCCUUUACACGUAACGUUUUAACCGCGCGCUGCGGAACGCGCGAUUGUUAGCAUGCAAAUUUGGACGGUCAAAACUGCGAUCAAAACUGUGGCUCAAAAAAACUCGUAAUUUACCAAGAAACUCUUGCGUUUGGUUAAAACUGUUUGGAAUGAAUAGCGAGCGUAAAUCCUGACGCGUAAAGGAUAAAUCGGCCGCGAUUACGUGGCGCGUGGAACGAGACGUGAAAUUUGUAUUUUUUUUAAAAGGUUUAGGAGAGGUUUUCUUUAUAUUAUUUAAUUUGUAUAUUCAAAUAUGUUGGUAUCUGAGGAAAAUAAACGUAUAAUUGCUAUAGUGGCAGCUGGAAUAACAAUGAUGCCCAAAAAAUCGAAUAAGCGUUACCGGUAAGACUUACGUUUAAUUACUUUGGUUAUAUGUAACGUUUGUAACUAUUACUUCGUUUCUUCAUCAAAAUAAUAUUACAGGUCCCGGUAUAAUGAUAUUCCAUUAAUUCAACAUUUGCAAGAAAACUAUCCUGAAGAUUAUAAAAAUUACCUAAGAAUGGACAAUACUUGUUUUGACUAUUUGCUGAAUUUGGUAAAAUUGAGAAUAUUUAAAAAAAAACACAAUCAUGAGGAAAGCCAUUGGUGCCGAAGAAAAACUAGUUGCUACUUUGAGACUUUUGGCCACUGGGCGUUCCUAUGAGGACUUAAAAUUUUCCACAGGGAUAUCUGCACCAACUUUAAGCAUUUUAAUACAACAAACUUGUAAGGCUAUCAUAAGGCUAUACCUCGUAUCAUUGAAAGAAGAACAUAUCGUGGGCUUACUGCCAAAACCCUCUAAGUCCCAAUACCAUAGUUUUGAGAAAAUUAAGUUUAAAGUCUAAUGGAAAAAUCAGUAAAUAAUUUAAAAAAAAUGGAACUGGGAAUUUAGGAUGUGGUUUAACAAAAGCUAAAACUUAACCUAUAAACAAUUUAAAAUACUCGUAUUUUUUACCAGAAAAUAUAGGAAAAUGAGGAAAAAAAUGGAUUUAGAGCUUUUUUGCAGAAUAAAAAUCAGUAAUUAUUCAAGAUAUAAGAUUUAAUUCCUUAGUCAAAAUACAAGUAAAACGUACAAAUUAAAAAGUCCUUUAAAAUAAAAUAAAGGAGAAAAAUAUGAAAUCUACUCAAACAUCAUCACUUUCCUCUUCACUUUCAAAGCCAGGAACUGAAUCGACUGCGGUCUUUGAUGUCGGCAAUGAUUUGUACCAACCAUGAAAUUCUUCAGGUAUGUCACCUUUUUUACAUAACUGCAGUAAACUAUUUUUUUUCUUUUGUGUUAUUGAAAGUUUUUUUGAAUAUAAAUCUUUAAGAUUUAUUUCUUCCAACAUCUUUGGCCGUCCUUUACCAGAAACACUAAUUUCUUUAAAUUCAGAGAAAUGAUCGUAUCUGUACAAGAUAACCCCUGGUCUUUUUUUCUCAUAUCUGAAGCAUUUUACUUUAAGCCAAUUGACAGUUUCUCCUUCAUUAUUCUUAUUUCUGUUUUUUAUUAUAUUUUGGGAUAAAUCUGUUGUGUGUUGUAAACCCAUUGAAGUAUUUUAAAGGGUUUUGCUGUUAAAGAUUAAUUAACUGCUAAUAUAAAAGUCUGCAAAAAUCGAUAAAGCGCGCUUACAGUAUUUUAGCUGUAUUAAAUUUUUGUUUUUGGACUUAAACGAUUUGUGAGGUAUAAAAAAAAGCCAUUAAGAAAUUUUAUGGACUUACAGGAUUUUGUUAGACUAUUCUAAAUCACACUUUGGACUUAGCUGCGCUCUUAUAUUAAAAUCGACCAAAAUUGGACUUAGAGGGUUUUUGCAGUAAGCCCACGAUAUGAAGGUAAUAAUGUAACGUUUAUUACUAUAAACAAACAAAAAAUACAAGAAUGACAAAUUACAAUAAUUGUAUAUUUUCAUAAUAAUGUUUCACAUUAUUUUCCAAACUGUGUUCUAUUUUUACUUCACUACUAUUUGAAUAUGACGGAAAUGUUACUCCACCGUACUGAUUUUGAGACGUUGAUGAGCUCGCAGAUGAAAAAACUUCAGAGUUUUGGCAUAUAUCUGUAUUUUCAGAUAAUUGAUUUCUUAAUCCUUUUAAUGGUGCAGUAUUUAUUAUGGACUCUGCAUAUAGUGCUUGAUCGGGUUGCAUUCUUUGUAAUUUUUUGGCAAUAUUACAACCUGUGGCGUCAAAUUCACUCAUAUUUUUUUGGGACGUUAAUGCCGUUGUGCAGACUUUCAUAAAUUCAUGCUGGGUCUCCUCAAUUGUUCUUUUAUUUAUUGGUUUUUUAAUAACGGGUUUGGGCAAGUUUCUAACGAAAUUGCCUUCAUUUUCUUCUCCCCAAAAAAAAUAAAAUAUAUAGUUUGUUUGGAAAUAAAUAAUACUUACAUCGUUUUUCUGUUGAUUAUUAUUAGGCGUAGUAGAUGCGUUAAUAUUAGAUCCUUUACCAUAUUCAGAUUCUAUCAGAUCUUCGGUAGUUUCCUCGUCAAUAUUCGAUACACUAUUAGCAGGAAUCUCUUCAUCCAUGGUGAAUUGAAGGAGGUCAAAAUACGAUAGCACUGGUGUAUAUAAAUUAUCUUGCGACAUUUUUUUCUGCCAGACCUUUUGCUAUCCUUCACUUUUUUCAACUCUUUUUUAAACGAUCCCCUUAGAAUCUUUGUUGGCCUUGGACCCAGCUUCUUUACUGAAUUUAACUAGUUUAUCAUAGGCGACAUUUUUAAGAUUUCGGUUACUGUAUUCCUUGCUUUUUAUUUGGCAAAGGCAUGGAUAUUCUCGGUAAAUAUUAAUAAAAUCUGUAACAGCUUCUUUGCUCCAACAACGACCGUCCGACAUAACGCGCUCCACAAAGAAACAGUUCAAAUGGAACAAAUAUGUAUAUUAAAUAAAAACAUGAUCUUUUUAUUUCACUCAGUUAAAACCUUACGUGUAAAGACUUGUAGAAAAUCACGCGUGCUUGUUCAGAAAGAAUCACGCGUUCAAACCUCUCUGAUUUAUUUACCUUUACACAGAAACAAUUACACGUGCGAUUGAUCGUGCAUUUCGAAAAUCUCGCAGUUAAAACUUUCGGUGUAAAGGCCGCUAUUGGAUGUGCCAUGGAAAAAAUAAUUUUAAUAUUGGUUUGAAGGAUUUUACUUUUUUAAGGCGAAAAUAUAUAAAGAAGGUUAACAGAGCAGAUAUGUUCUUCCGGAAAGUCUUUUAUAAUUUUUUGGUUAUCUUAUGAAAUAUUAAGCAACUAUAACUUCAAUUUUUAUUAAUUCUAUGUAUAAAUUCACAAUUUCAAAUGUCCAUAACAUUUAACUGAUAAGUUAAAAAACAUGCAUAAAAUGUCUUGGAAUUUUCUAUGGGUAUGAAGCAGUGGAAUAAUAUCAACUGUAGUUAUGACUUUUAUGCUUAAUUGACCCGUAGUUUAUGAAAAUUGAUGAGAAAUCAAAAUAUUUAUAAAUAUGAUAAAAAUAUCUUUAUUUUA